AUGAAGCUUGGACUCUCCUCGCUGGCCAUUGGGGCCUUGUGCCUCUCCUCAGUACCUGGCGCUUUCGCGCUACCACCGGCCGAUAUCGACAAGGACACUCCAGUUUCGCAAUUGAUCGCGACAGCCAACGCCAACCUCGCGCAGGGGAAAGCACAAGAGGCGCUCACAUACUUCGACGCCGCCAUCUCAAAGGACCCCAGCAAUUACCUCACACUCUUUAAGCGGGGUGCAACCUACCUGUCGCUCGGCAAGAACCAGCAGGCCAGCCGCGACUUUGAUCAGGUCCUCACACUGAAACCUGGAUUCGAGGGCGCCUUAACACAGCGAGCGAAGAUCAGGAGUCGCAAUGCCGACUGGAAAGCGGCCAAGGCAGACUAUCUCGCAGCGGGGAAGAAGGACACCCAGGAUUGGCUAGACUUGGAGGAGGCAGAGGGAGCGGAGAAGUUGUCCGCAGACGCAGAGAAGGCAGGUGACUGGGAGGCAUGUGUCACGAAUGCCGGCACUGCGAUAAUGGUGGCAGGCACAGCAUUGGAGCUGCGGCAACGGAGGGCAAAAUGCAGACUUGAAAAGGGCGAGAUCGUCGAGGCUCUGGCAGAUUACAACCAUGCGUUGCAGAUCAACUCUAACCUGAAAGAGCCGUACCUACAAAUAGCGGCCAUGACAUUCUAUUCUCUCGGCGAGACAGACAAAGGCAUUAAGACAGUAUCGAAGUGUUUACACAACGACCCCGACAACAAGGCCUGUUCACGACUACGAAAGUCACAAAAGGCGAUUGACAGGACAUUGAAGAAAUUCAAGACAUUGCACGAGAAGCGGCAGUACAACUCCGCCGUAAAGCUCCUCAUACCCCAAGGCGAAGAACCCGGCCUCCUCCAAGACGUCAAGGACGACAUCAAGGUACACCGCGAAGCAGGCUAUAUCCACGUAAAAGCUCCAGAUGGACUUUACGGCAACCUCGUUGAAUCCGCCUGCGAAUGCUACACCGAGAUGAACAACCUCAAGAAGGCCGCCCCCUUCUGCGACGAAGCUCUAACCUACAACCCCAACUCACUACCCGCCCUCCUAUCAAAAGCCCAACGACAGCUCGACGCAGACGACUUCGAGCCCGCGAUUGGGACCCUCAACGCCGCAAAGGAGGAACACGGCAACAUCCAGAAAAUCCAGGAUCUACUGAACAAGGCGCAUACACUUCUUAAGAGGAGCAAGACGAAGGAUUACUACAAGGUCCUCGGCGUGGACAGAGACGCAGACGAAAGACACAUCAAGAGGGCGUGGAGGAAACUCACCAUCCAAUACCACCCCGACAAGGCAGCCAAGAACGGCGUCACGCCAGAAGAAGCACAGAAGAAGAUGUCCGCUAUCAACGAGGCAUACGAAGUUCUAUCCGACCCUGAACUCAAAGCCCGCUUCGACCGCGGCGACGACCCCAAUGAUCCACAAUCUGGACAGCAACCUUUCCAGGGCAGUCCGUUUGGUCACGGACCUGGUGGUCAGCCUAUCUUCAUGCGUCAAGGCGGAGGAGGAGGAGGCGCCCAUUUUAAGUUUCAGGGCGGACAAUUCCCCUUCCAAGGGGGCUUUCCUCAGGGCUUCCCGUUUGGAUAA